AUGCUGAUCAGAGACGAAAGCCUUUGGAGUUUGAAGAAGGAGAGCAUGUUUUUUCUGAAGGUUACACCAACCACUGGAGUAGGAAGAGCUAUUAAAACUAAGAAAUUGAAUCCCCGUUAUAUUGGAUCAUUUGAGAUCCUGAAGAGAAUUGGGUCGGUAGCUUAUAGAAUUGCUUUACCGCCGUAUCUAUCGAACUUGCACGAUGUGUUUCAUGUAUCACAGCUUCAGAAAUAUACUCCUGACGCAAGUCAUAUUCUAGAACCGGAACCGAUUCAGGUAAGAGAAGAUCUAACACUUCCGGUAAUUCCAGUGAGAAUUGAUGACAUCAGCAUUAAACGAUUGCGCGGGAAGGAAGUAUCAUUGGUAAAGGUAGCUUGGAGUCGAGCUGGUAUCGAGGAACAUACUUGGGAACUUGAAUCAGAUAUGCAAAAGGACUACCCACAUCUCUUUUCAGGUAACUAA